AUGAUCAGAAAUCCAAGUUACACAAACUUUGUUUGCUGUGCUGUUUGUAAUAAAAUUGUUCCACCUCCACCCUUUGGGGAAACCUUCAAACGGAUCCAUGAAUACAAGCCAUUUAAGACACGCUUUUAUACUCACAAAGAUAUUCUGGAUAUUGGGGCAGAUCUCAUAGAGAAAGAAGAGCACUUUCAAGAGACUAUUGUCAAAGAACUUGUUCAGAAAGCAGAAGCUGGGAUAUGGGCUCAGGCCAACAUGCACGAAAAACAAGCAGUGGAAAGAGCACUUCAGGAAGCUAAUGAAAGAUACAACAUUAACAUUCAGCUCAUUGAGGAGAAACAUCAGAAACUCUUAGAGGAAAUAGUAGCUAAAACCAAGACAGAAGCAUAUGAAAACAUGGAAAAUGAACUGAUGAGAGAAAACUUGGCUGCCGAACAACGCAUGGUUCACAGAAUUCAACGGAUAAUGAUGGAAUGCCACAAGGAGAAGAUCCAGGCUGUAGAGAAUGCCAGGGUCGAAGAGAGGAAGAUUGCUCGAGAGAAAAUUGAGAUGCAGAAGAGCAAGGUCCUGGAAGAACUUUUGAUGGCUGAUAAAGGAGUAAAGGACCAGAAGAGCAUAAGUCAACUGGUAAAGGAAAAAGAACAUGAAUUGAGUCUUUACUAUUGCAUGGCUCAGAGGAAAAAUCAAGAAGAGGCCCAGGAAGUGCUUGAAGAAGCAAAAAAAUCACAUCUGGCUUCACUGGAAAAUGUCAUGAAUGAACUGGUCAGCACUCAGGAAGAGCUUCUGACUGUAGCAAAGCAGCUGGGAAUCAUGACAAGUUGGAAAGAUUUCCUGGAGGAAGAAUUAGAGGAAACUAGGGAGGCAUUUCAGAAAUAUAUCAAUUUUACAUUUCCUAAGCUCUCACCAGGACAUGCAGAUUUUAUUUUGCCAGAAAGAAAGAAAACACCUCCCAAUCUUCUAGAGAAUAAACCAAGUUCUGAAGAGAAGCUCUCACUUAAUCUUCUAGAGAAUAAACCAAGUUCUGAAGAGAAGCUCUCACUUGAAAUUAAAGAAUAA